CUGGCCCCCGCCUCCGCGAGGGAGCGGAAGGCGGAGGCCGCGAGACUGGCCUGGGGGCGGAAGGCGGGGGCGUGGGGGACACGGCGAUGUCCACCGGCUCGGGGAGCGACCCCGAGGAGAUGGAGCUGCGGGAGCUGCAGCGCGGGUACCCGGUCCCCGUCUCCAAGAGGCCGCCCCUCCGCGGCGCCGAGCGCAGCUACAUCUCGCCCAGUGACAACUCGUCCGCGGAGGAGGAAGACCCCGACGGCGAGGAGGAGCGCUGUGCGCUGGGCGCGGCCGGCGGCGCCGGAGGCUGCAAGAGGAAGCGGCCCGGGGUGGCGGGGGGCGGCGGUGGCAAGAAGCCCCUCCCGCCCAAGGGCUCGGCGGCCGAGUGCAAGCAGUCGCAGAGGAACGCGGCCAACGCCCGCGAGCGCGCCCGGAUGCGCGUGCUGAGCAAAGCCUUCUCCAGGCUCAAGACCAGCCUGCCCUGGGUGCCCCCCGACACCAAGCUUUCCAAGCUGGACACGCUCCGGCUGGCUUCCAGUUACAUCGCGCACCUGCGGCAGCUGCUGCAGGAGGACCGCUACGAGAACGGCUACGUGCACCCGGUGAACCUGACAUGGCCAUUUGUGGUCUCGGGACGACCCGACUCUGACACCAAAGAAGUUUCCGCAGCCAACAGAUUAUGUGGAACCACCGCUUAGAUCGAACUCGAACUCACUUGAAUGGAUUAUUGGUUAAGCGAGUGUGUUUGGGGGUCAGGGAGAGAAGGGAGAGAGCGUGAGAACCCCCGAGAAUGGGAGGACAGUUCCAUUGGAUUCUCCUAGACUCCCACCCCGGGACUGUGAACUCGACAGGUGGCGGGCGUGGGGUGCAGCCCCAGGGUUCCGCGGCGCGGCCGUCAUCGCAGGAUGCGGACAGCUAGGCUGCCGCGGGUUUGGGCGACGACACUUUACACGCGGACCCAGCUCCAACCUCGGGCUUUAGCAGUGUAGACCAACGCCGGCGCGGCAGUCUGAGCCCAGCGCGCAGCCGCCUAGGCGUUCGUUUCCAGGCUGAGCCAGAUCUACGUGGGUGAUGGCACAACUCUGCGCAGCCCAGGCCUUUCGCGGUUAGGUAAUUGUUAGAACGCGCUCUCGACAAUCGGCUUCGGAGACGGAGGUCUUCACGUGAGACCUACCUGGGGCGCGUCUUUAAGUUGCAAAGAGAGUGUGGCACACCUGGGCCAGGUUUGUAUCCCACGGGGCAGCGCCCUUCUGGCGGGCGCACGAUGCCCUCUCCGCUCGGGGAGAGGUGGAGGCGCGCUUUCUGAGACCAGCUCAGCUGGGUUUGCCAGGAGCGGCCCUGGCGGUUCGGCUUUCAGGUGCGGUCCCCCCUCUCACUACCCCCAGGCGUUCAUCUCUCCGAAACCAGGCUUCCGUCUCCCCCCUCCCCUUCUAGGCUUGAGCCUCCCAUCCGGCUCUCCCCACUGAACCCGGCUCGGGUCUCCUUCGGCACCUCCCUCUGCUCCCUCCUCCCACACCUACUUGCAGCUCCCCUCCCCCCCCCCACUCCUGACUGUCCCCAGCUGGCCUCCCCGCUCGGGGUGGCCCCCGCCUCCAACACUGCCUCUCGGCGUCCACGUUCUUCCUCCGGCGGGGCGGGGCGCCGAGGCUGUCCCGUACCUAGUGACCCUGCUCCGGGGGAACGCGCCGCUGCGCCAGGCUGCACUACCACAGUAA